CCUGUGACUGUGGAGCCCAUGGACCAGUUAGAUGAUGAAGAGGGACUUCCAGAGAAGCUGGUUAUAAAAAACCAGCAAUUUCACAAGGAACGAGAGCAGCCACCCAGAUUUGCACAGCCUGGCUCCUUUGAGUAUGAAUAUGCCAUGCGCUGGAAGGCACUCAUUGAGAUGGAGAAGCAGCAGCAGGACCAAGUGGACCGCAACAUCAAGGAGGCUCGUGAGAAGCUGGAGAUGGAGAUGGAAGCUGCACGCCAUGAGCACCAGGUCAUGCUAAUGAGACAGGAUUUGAUGAGGCGCCAAGAAGAACUUCGGAGGAUGGAAGAGCUGCACAACCAAGAGGUGCAAAAACGAAAGCAACUGGAGCUCAGGCAGGAGGAAGAGCGCAGGCGCCGUGAAGAAGAGAUGCGGCGGCAGCAAGAAGAAAUGAUGCGGCGACAGCAGGAAGGAUUCAAGGGAACCUUCCCUGAUGCGAGAGAGCAGGAGAUUCGGAUGGGUCAGAUGGCUAUGGGAG